AGAUGAAUGGAGCGGAGUUACGGGGCUGUACCAAUUAAACAAGAGCCCACAAUAAAAGGAAAAGAAUAAAUAAGCCCUCUCAUAUCUUAACUCACACGCUUUCAGUUUGCAGAUCUCCAUCGCGAUUUCAUCCCCAAAACUCCAUCGCAAUCUCUCAUCCCCAAAUUCCCAAACCCUUAAAAAAUAAAAUAAAAUAUCGUGCAGUUUGCAGAUCUCCGUCGCAAUCUCAUCCCCAAUUUCCGAAACCCUAGCGGCGCCUGCGAGAUAGGAAGGAAGCAGUAAAUAAUGUCGUCUUCAAACUCGCCGUGCGCCGCGUGCAAGUGCCUCCGGCGGAAGUGCACGCAGGAGUGCGUGUUCGCGCCGUAUUUCCCGCCGGACAAUCCGCAGAAGUUCACGAACGUGCAUAAAGUCUUCGGCGCCAGCAACGUCUCGAAGCUUCUGAACGAGCUGAACGCCAGCCAGCGGGAGGACGCCGUGAACUCCCUCGCCUACGAGGCCGAGUACCGCCUCCGGGACCCCGUCUACGGCUGCGUCGGCCUCAUCUCCAUCCUCCAGCAGAAGCUCAAGCAGGUGCAGCUCGAUUUAGACAACGCCAAGAAGGAAUUAGCCACGUAUAUCGGGCCCUCGGCGAUGCUGCCCAUUUACAAUCACCCGCAGCACCACUCCAACUACGGGCCCUCCGGUUACCAGAUGUUGCCGUACAAUGUGCAGCCGAUUACGCAGGGGAUGGCGCAGCUCAUGAUCCGGGAGCAGCAGCAGCAGCAGCAGCAGUUUCUCGAGGCGCACCAGCUGGCCGCGGCCGCGAGAGAGCAGGAGAUGAUGCGGAGCUACGAGCAGCAGCAAAAUCAUGAAUUGAUGAGAUUUAACGGCGGAGGGUUUGAUGACGGCCCCGUCACCGCCACCGGAUUCAACCAGAUUGGCGGGGGUGGGGCCCCCUCGCUGGCGUUGGGGAGCUCUUAUGAAGCCAUCCCAGAGCAGCAGCAGCAGUCUAAUUACCAUCUCCAGCAGCAGCUGCAGCAAGAUCUUUUGUUGCAGCAUAGUAAUCAUCAGGCUCCUCCUCCGCAGGCGCAACAACAGCAGCACCAGCAACGAGCUAAAAGCGAGGAGGAGGAGGAAAGGAGCAUUGCUCCUCCUUGUUAAUUCUGACACUUAGUCGCAAAAUUCAUAUCAUGCCCUCUGAGACUUAUUCCUUCGACAAUAUCCUCUUUCAUCCAGCAAAUUAUAGGCCGGAGCGACAAAAGGAAAGAGGGAGUGAGAGAAGAGAGAGAUAGAGCUAAAGCUGGAGAGAGAUUCAUGGCGAAUGCGUGGAAACGAAACCAAUCCACCAAAAUCCUUACCCCCCCAAAAACCUCAUUCUCUUCAUCUCCGCCACCCUCAUCCUCCUCAUCUUCCCCCACCUCACAUCCCAAACCUCAUUCUCCUCCUCAUCCUCGCUCGACAAGCCCCACAAGAACAUCGUCCGCACGCUCAAGGCGAAGGCUUCCGCCGCCCCGAUAUAUCAGCCGGUGUAGGAGAUGCUGGGGGAGAUCAAGCAGCGCAACAAGGGGUUUUUGUUAACGUCGGCGCUAAUGUGGGGAUGACGUCGGUGCAGUACCUUUUCUUUUUCUUUUUAUUUUAUUAAAGGAAUUAUAUGUGUUUGUUUAUUAAAGAUGGGUCCCACAUUUUAAUUAAAAAAUAAAUAAAGGUUAACUAACGGACAAAAAUGUCGAUUAGUCAAAAGGGGCUAAUUGAUCGAUUUUUAAGACUUCAGGGGCCUAUUUGAUCCAAUGUGGACUAUGGGGAGCUAUACGCUAUAGGGGCUACUACUAUAAGGGUGUAUAUGCACAUUCCCUAAAUUUAUUUUGAAUACCUACCUAUAUAUGUUCAUAUCUUAUUAUAUAAAUUAAUUAGAGUUAAUUAUAGUUUAUCUCCCGAACUAUCAGCGUUUUUCAAAAAGUGUCCCUAACUUAUGCUUUCAUUUAAAAAACUUUCGACUUUGCAAAAUAUUUAAUUUAUGUCCCAUCUUAUAGAAUUCGACGACAAAAUGAUGAGUUCACACGUCGGAUUUUAAGUGAAUUAUUAGGGUUUACACAUAUUUUGAUAAUCUAUCUAUCUAUAUAUAUAUAUAUAUUAGGGUUAAUUGCCGCUAAAUUCAAAAUCUUUUUGAGAAUUCGCGAUAUUCUCACCAACUUCAAAAUCGGCGAAUGAAUACACGAAUUGAGAAUUCGUUCUUAAUGUUCCCAAAAUUAAAAAAUCCGGCGAGAUGACAUGGCAAACACCUAUGACUUGUCAAUUAUACGUAUGACAUGUAAUUUUUAAAUUUUUUUUAAUAAUUUUAUUUUAAUAAAAUAUAAUAAUUUAUUAAUAAAUUAAUUUAUAAAAAAAAUAGAAAAAAACUAACCCCAUCCCCAAACACCCCCCAAACAUUCCCCCUUCACCAACCCCCCCGACCACCACAUUCCCCAAACCUCCUCCGGCCAACCCUUUCCCCCUCCCCCCAAACCUUUCAUCUUCCCCUCGAUGAGAAGAAGGCGGCCACGACGACAAGAAGGCGGCCACGCUACCCCUACCCCUCUUUCUUCUUCCUCACAACAACCGCUCCCUUUUUUUCUCGAUCUUUCUCUCUCUGCACGAUUUCGGAGGCUGCAAUUUGGAUGUCCUUAAGGCGCGAAGAGAUGGAGUGGUGAUGACCACGGCUGGUUGUGGGAGGAGUAAUGGCGGCGGCGGUAGUGGUGGUUGAAAUUGAGGUGGAAUCGGGAGACGACUGGUGGAAAUUGAGGUGGAAUUGCGGUGGUGGUCGAAUUGAGAUGGAAUCGGCGGCCGACUGAACGAAGGGACGACUGUUUCAAGCCGAAGAGAGAGAAAUCGGGGGUGAGGCCGCCAUUCGCGAGAGGGAGGAGGCAGCGCUCUCGCCGUGGACGGUGAGGGGUGUGGGUUCUGUUGUGAGGUGCGGCCAGAGAUUCGAGGGAGAGGGGCGGACCAGCGGUGGCUGGCUUCAGCUGCGGCGGCCGUCGGGUUCUGUAAAUGGGGUGAGGCGAGGGAGAUGACAGAGCACGAUUCUGGGAGGGAGAUGCCAGUGACGGCUCCGCCAUCCGAGCUUGAAGCUCUCGCCGGAAAUAACAGCCCCAAUUUUUUUUAAUUGUUGAUGAAAAUCAAAACGACGUAUUGUUUUGAAAAAAACGACGUCGUUUUCUUGCACUGCCAACUAUGCCACGUUGUAUUUACGAUAGUCCACGACACCUUCAAUUUGGGGUUUUUUUCUGAGUUUGGGAACAUUAAGAACAGAUUUUCAAUUCAUGUAUUUAUAUGUCGAUUUUAAAGUUGGUGAGAAUAUCCCGAAUUCUCAAAAAGCUUUUGAAUUUAGCGACAAUUAACUCUAUUUAUUAUAUUAAAACACAAUUUUUAUCAA